UCAACUCAACCAACAUCCAUGACCAACCUUCACUCUUCUUCAUCAUCACCAUCUCCCUUUUGUUGGUGGAAAUCAAUCCCAGAGUUCUCAUCCCAUGAUGUAUCCCUCAAACCACCAUCAUCAUCAUCAUCAUCAACACCAUCAUCAUCCAUAAUGAAGGUGUUUAGAGAAAUGGAGAGGUUGUGUUUGAUAAGUGAACAUGGAGUUGAUGACCUUAAACACAAACUUAUGAUAUACAAAUCUGGUGAUUUUUGGGUCCCAGUUGGUGGGAUUAAGAAAGAAGAUAUGGAUAUUCCACAAGUAAUAACUGUUUUGUUGGUUGGUUUGUCUGGUUCUGGCAAAAGCUCACUUAUCAAUCUUAUGUAUAGUGUUGUUGGCAGAUCUGGAUUCAUUCCAUUUACUCAAACUUCAACAGAUGAAGCGUCGAAUUAUUCGACGAUGAUUCUAGAAGAGCAUAAUGUGUUAAGGUCUACGCGAAAUGGGUUUUGCGUGUACGAUUCUAGGGGUUUAGAUUGUAACCGGAUGGACGAAUGUUUGAAGGAGGUGACAAGGUGGAUGACGGAUGGUGUCCGCCACAAUGAGUCGUGUCGCUUUGGUGAGGAGGAUGUUGAUGUGAGUGUACACGCGUGUUAUGAUGGGUAUGUGAGGCGAAGGGUGAACUAUGUGAUGGUGGUGGCGGAUUUGAUGGACGUCUACAAGGCGUUUUUCUGUGGUGGUGAUUUUAAGCCGGUUGUAGCUCUCAAAUCGCUCUUUCAUUGUCCUUCCAUAAAGACAUCAAAUGUCGACCCAAUUUUGAUCCUAACGCAUGGCGAUAUGUUACAACCCACGGAAAGGUUGAAUUGUCGAAUAAAAAUUUGUAGUUAUUUGGGGAUACCAGUAACAACAGGUGCAUAUGAUAUAGUAUGUCUAACAGAGCAAGGUAUAUUAGCCGAUGAAUCUGAUUCGAUCACAUCUUUUGCACUGACCGAAGCCAUUUAUCGGAGUUUAUUACAGUCAGAUCAAACUCAUCUUCCAAAAAAGACAUACAAAGAUUGGACUGUUGAUGUUUUGUCACGAAGCAUGUGUUCACUUGCUUGUUUCUUUGAUAUGCUUUCACGUAUCUUUCAAAAGUGGGGUUACAAGUAUAAAACGACCUAGCUGAUAAUAAAAGCAUCACCUAUUAGUAACCGUUUAAACUAGGUUAAAAUUUAGUUAUUGUACUUAUCUAUUAGGGUUUGUAUAAUUAGUCAUUCUAAUUUCUGGAUUUGUGUAUUUGUACCAAACUUUGUAAUAGUACAUGUACCGUUAGCUAAUUAACACA